CUCUGGAUCUCGCCCACAGCUUGGACCGGCGAUGUAACCUUUUGUAUUGACUGUUUGAAGCACGUUUUAAGCCACUCGAGUCCGCUUUGACCACCCAGGACCUGAUAAAAGGGGCGUCAACAAGCGUCAUCCUCUCUUUAUAACCAUCAUGUCGAAAUCGCUUCUGACUAUCGCUGUCUCUCCGCUCUUUGCUAGGUUUGUCGCGGUGCUCUACCGUUCGGGUGGCCCUGCAGUCGCUUUGCCACUCAAGCGCAAACGCGAGGAGAAUGAGGCUCAAUCGAGUCGACCACCUCUUCCACCCCGCAUCGUCGUUUGCCCGCUCCGCGAAGACGGUGUCACCACCGGUGCUCGUCGCGUAACGACUGAGCAUCCGUCGUCUGCAGCCGCUCAGCUCGUCGGAGACGUCGACACCAUGGCGCAGGCAGGACAUACCGAGGCCGCAAAAGCCGCGGAAGUCAAAGUUCGUGAUUUCGCGUACGAGCCUUCACUUCUGCCGCGCGUACCCGACGCGUGGCGGAAGCCCCUGCAUACACUGGUGGUGCACGACCGUUACCUCCGCUCAGGACCCAAGGAGAAGGGGAUGUUCAAGCUGCCUGGGAAGUUGUUGUGGCGCUUGAUGGAUUGUGGCCUCGUCACGCCAGAAGAGGCGCUGCGAAACUGGCCACAAGAGGACAAAGACGCGUGUCUCGAAUAUGCAUCACGUCCAAGUGGCCCGUACCCGUACAUCAUGCCACCCAUCCGAAAACCAACCGCCGAAUACCGUAGGCGCGUCUGUUAUGCAAUGUUCCGGCCUAACACAGACGACAUCUCUGAGGAGCUUGUCUACAUGCCUCCGAACACCGACGACAUGGACGAUGGCACGUCCGAGGUCCCCAGCGGAGUUCUCACUAUGCGCGAUCUCUCACCAAAGUUCGUAGCCGAGGUCUUCGAGAACGCAUGCGCUACAACGGAGAUAAUUGAGUCUCCUACUGGCAGGCGACGGACUGUUGAACCAGAGACGAAAAACUCGUCAGGCGCGCAGACCGAUGCCUCCCGUCCAACAUCAUCACCUCGUUGUUACCCCCUUCCCGCGGCGCAUUUCGCUGGAGGUUCACAACAAAAUCCACACCCUUCACCGAUUACACCCAUGCAAGCGCAGCGUCCCGUUGUGGUUUCCACAGCCCACGCUCCUCCGCCCACUCCGAGACCCCCACGGCGAGCCAGCCUUGCCCGGACGGAGAGCAUCAUUUGGUGACAACAGUACGUAUCUUCUGCUCAAAGACAUUGUACGGCCCAAUCCAGCAUUACACAUAUAUUGUAGAGAUGUAUCACUUAGAUUCCGGACCGACUGGGACACAAUGCGCGUAGUUCAUUAUUUGUAUUCAUCGCUACCUAUACCCCAUACUUACUUGCGCACCUCUUCACUGUCGUC